UAUUCAUAAGUACCACAUAUAUUUCUACAUAUGUACAUAAUUAUACAAAAAAAAAAAAGAAACACACACAACCAACUCAAAACCAAGUGAAUUGAUACGUAGAAAAGAUUGCAGAAACCAAAAAUAAUUUUAUUCAUAACUCCGCGUUUAAAAUUUAAACAAAAGCAUAAAGAAUUCCUUUUCAGUGAAAUUCAAGCCAAUCAAAAAUAAAAUAAAAUACAAAAACAGCAAAUAAAGCGAAAAAAUGCUCGUCACCUCGAACAACAACAGUGCAAACAGCAACAACAGCUAUAAUAAGCAUACCAACAACAGCGGCAGCAACAGUAACCACAGCAUGACUACAACAAACUCCACAUCAACGUCCACACCCACACCCGGCUGCUCGUCGACUUCAUCCAAUCACACACUAUUGGAACCCACAGCUGCAUGGGCCCAACUGCCCAAUCUAGGCAACUCAUCGUCGUCCUCCUUAGCAGCGGCCGCUGUUGGUGGCGGCGGUCCGUGCAGUUCACGUCCACCAUCACGUGCGCCCUCAAUUUUGGAUAGCCCCACCUUGGCGCGGGUGGAACGUGCUCGCUUACGGCUUGAAGCUACAACGCUGCAUCAACAACAACAACAACACAAUCACCAUCAUAUGUAUACGAACGGCAGUAGUAGUGGUAGUAAUGCAACAACGCUGAAUAGGGAGGGCAGUUUGGAGCGAAGCAUAUUGGAUCCGAAGCGUAAUGUGGCAACACCACAACCGCCAUGGCAGCAAAUGUGGUCGCAUAUGAAACGUUUAUCACACAAUUCGAAAGUGAACUCAACGAGCACAUUGACAUUUACACUGCCGAAGACUGAUACGAGCAAUGCUAACAGCAGCAAUGGCACCAAGUGCAUGGUGAACGGCGUGAGUGGCCUGAAUGGCCUGAAUGGCCUAUAUCCGGAUAGGACGGCAUCGCUGAAGAACGCAAUGCUGCAUACAGCAACGCAGUCAACGCAACAAGUCUACUACAAACCAGAUAUGCAAUCUCUGCUCGCCGGUCGCAUACCAGUCGCCUCAAUGACAGGUCCAAUUAAACGCGGCCUCCUAUGGCAACAACGUGAUCGCCUUUUUUCACGCUGGAAGGAAAGAUAUUUUGUGCUGACACGCGAUUAUCUGCAUUGUUUCAAAAGAGCAUCCGGUUCGGCUAAUGAACGCGCCUCCGAUAUGGGACAAUUUAUAUUUAAGGUGAAGCUGGUCGAUGUGGAGAAGGUUGAAUGGCUGAAUAGACGUUCGUAUAGCGCAAUUGGCUUAUUAUUGGGACGUGAGGGUCGCAUUUUAUUACGUUGCGAUAACGGUUUGGAGGAUUGGUUCGAGUUGUUGGAGGAAUGCACACUCUUCUCCAAACAACGCCGUCACGCACUCAAAAUCGCACAAGGUCCACGUUCGCGCGCCUCACUCGCCGCACCCGUCUCGCAUGCCGCACUGGAAUCGCAACACUUCGGCUUGGGUAGCAGCUACUCAAGUGCGCUGGAAGAUUGGCUGAUGACAAAUGGCAGCGGUAUUGGCGGACGUAAUAAAAUUGCCACCGGUUGUGGUUUUGGCAGCACUGGCAACAAUCCAUUCCUCUUCUCCGACUCUGUGCCCGAUUUGAGUGCACUCAACAGCGAACAUCAUCCGCGCAUCUCAGGCUACUCAACCAAUCACUCAACACCGCAAAAGAUACCAUACUCACGUCAGGGCGAAAAUGGUAAUCACAGUCGUUACUCGAAUGGCUAUGUCUCGCAGAAUAACUCAUUCACCAAUAAUAGCGCAAGUGUUGUUGGCGGUGGUGGACCAUUUGAUUCACCGCGUCGUAUUUUUAUCAAUAAAGAUUUCUCAGCGAAUCAAGUGGUGGACGAGGAGGCAGAUGAUGAGGAGAAGGUCGAAUUACGCAGGCCACACGCAUAUGGUGGAGGAGCUGCUGUUGGUAGUAAGAAUGCUGGUAAUAAUAAUGACUUGGAGAAUGGCAAUGUGGUGGAUGGUGAAUGGUUGUAUCGUAAGCCGCGAGCACCAACCGAUAUGCGGCACUCAGUUCAACCAAUGCUGCCCACCAACAACAACUACAAUAAUGCAAAUAAUUCAACGACGAAAAUCCCCGUUACCGAUUUGGAUCAUUCGGCACACGACAGCGGUCUCGAUACACCACCGUCCACAAAUCAACGUCCCUCCAGUUAUCGUGAAAUUAUCACACGCACACCAGUGCGUGAGGCCAACGAAUCGGUCGUGCGCUCUUCUCAUGGUAAUUUGCUUAACGGUAGUUUUCGCACGAAACAAAUUACACAUCUCACAAAUAAUUUGAAUCAAGUCAAUGCUCUACAUAGCUCUCAUCUGAGCGUACAGGAGCGUAUACUGCAAAUGCGUAACGAAGAGAAUCGUUGGGGUUCGUUGAAAUCCGAGGCCAAUCGUUAUAGUCACAAUGCCUUGUAUGAUCAGAAUAAGAAUCCCUAUCCGGAGAGCGCCAAUCAAUCGCCACAGCGUACGCCAUUCAAGAAGCACUCGCUCAUCGGUUACGGUCGUUCAAUUAGUCACGAUACUAACGGCACAAUGAACGGUAAUGCACAGAUGAAGGGUUCGUCCAUAUUGCGUGAGCGUUUUCAGCAUCCCGCUUUGGCGGCUAUUAAAGCUUUUUACUGAUAAAUAAAGUUACAAGUAUAUAAAUAUAUAUAUAUAUAUAGUAUAUAAAUAUAUAUAUAUAUAUUUAU